AUGGAAUUAAGGAAGCUAGCAUCUUUCGUGGAUGAUCCCAAGGGUUUCAGAGACCAUUUUGGAAGGCUCUUAUCUAUACUAUCUACUGAUGUUGAGGAUGGUCUUCUUUGUACUUUGGUUCAGUUCUAUGAUCUUGUUUACCACUGUUUCACUUUUCCUGAUUAUCAGUUGUUGCCUACCAUUGAGGAGUACACUCAUCUUUUGGGUCUACCCUUUUCAGAUAGAGUUCCUUUUGGUGGGGUUGAAGGAAUUCUUGAAUCUCGGGUUAUUGCCGAAGCCAUUCAUCUAAGGAAGUCUGACAUAGAUGCCAAUCUCACUGUCAAAGGAGGUAUCAGAGGGUUGACUUCGAAGUUUCAAUUGGAAAAUGCAUUUUCUUUUGAUAAUGAUAAUAGUAUGGUGGCACUCGAGACUAUUCUUGCCUUACUCAUAUAUGGUUUGGUCCUGUUUUCUAACAUUGACAAUUUUGUUGAUGUUAAUGAUAUGAGGAAUUUCUUGAUUAGGGACCCGGUUCCAACUCUCCUCGGUGAUACUUAUCUCUUCUUUCAUCAUAGGAAUUCUAAAGGAGGUCGAACUGUUGUUUGUUGCGCGCCUUUACUGUACAAUUGGUUUAUUUCGCACUUGUCGCAGUUUCCUAUCUUUCAAGAAAACAAGGAUUGUUUGAGGUGGUCUCAAAGACUUAUGUCUCUCACCAAUGACGACUUUACUUGGUACUCUUUUGUUUACAACGACGUCGAGAUUACUGAUAGUUAUGGGGAAUUCUCUAAUGGCAUGCCUCCCAACUUUGUUCCUGAGGGGUACCAACCUGAAAUUCUAGUGGCUCAAUCUGUGAUGUUAAUACCACCUCCCAUGGUUCAUGUUGUUCCCUAUGUUGAAGAACCUGUUUUUCACACUGACCAGAGUGAGACAGUUGAUGUUUAUGAGAGAAUGGAUGAGUUCCAUGAUCAAUUUCAGGCUAUUUAG